AGCUCGAGCUCCUGAGUUUUAACAUCAGCCACCAGAAAAUAUGAACUGCGUUCUGGAAGGAAAUAACGUAAAAGCAUUUGGGAAGGCCGUUCAUGCCCUGUCACGGAUUGGAGAUGACCUGUGGUUGGAUCCCAUGGUUAGAGGGCUGGCACUGAGAUCUGUGAAUUCUUCUCAUUCUGCAUAUGCCUGCUUCUUCUUCUCGCCGCUGUUCUUCCAGCAGUACAGCCUGGGAUCAGUAUCAGAGCAGGGCAGUGAAACAAUCAAAUGCAAACUGGUCAUGAAGUCUGUUCUACCUCUUUUCCGCUGUUUGACUUCGAUUGAGCGUAAUGUGGAAAAAUGUCAGAUAUCAAUCAGGGCUCCAUACGACCGGGUGAUGAUGCAGUUUUUCUGUAGGCAUGGCAUCACAAAGACACACAACCUGCGUUUCCAGGAAACUGAGGCUCUGCAGGCAGUGUUUUCUUCACACCUCUGUCCCAAUGUGCUGAAAGCUCCUGCCAGGCUUCUUGGUGAUAUGGUGAUGCAUUUCCCAGUGUCCCAGGAGGAAAUCACUCUGUCUGUGACUCCUCUGAGAGUCAAUCUGAGAAAUUACUAUGAAGGUGGAAAUGAUCACAUGAAGUUUAUGUACACGGAGAUGUCCUUACACCCAGACGAGUUUGACUACUUUCAGGUCGGAGUGGAGUCCGACAUUACCUUCUGUCUAAAGGAGUUUAGGGGUUUACUGUCCUUUGCAGAGUCACAUUGCCUUCCAGUGUCUGUCUACUUCGGAGCUGCAGGAAAGCCUGUGUGCUUCUCUGUGGAGGACAUGGUCCUGGAGGCAACUGUAGUGCUGGCUACUCUAGUUGACUCUGAAAGCAGGGACCCCUCUCAGCCUGCAGAGACCCUUACUACCCCCAGAUGUGCAGACGGUGCUUCUCUACCUGAGAGUUCAUGUCAGGCGAACUGCAGAAACGCUCAUGAUCCUCCUGCUGAGAUGGAGAUGGUACCCUCUAGCCAGGGCAGCCCUUUAAUCAACCCACCUGCUCUAAAGUUGCUCCCGCCUCAGACUGACGGCUCUAAUGGGCUUGGUGUAGCUGAUGAGGCCUGUGCCAGUGCUGCCACAACGCCUGCUUCCUCCACGAUCUGCUCCCUCCUCUUCAGGGCUUUGUCCUCAGAGCAGGACAGUGAUGGUGCUGCCAGACUGCCUGUUCUGGCAUGUUUCAGUGACGGAGAGGACAAUGUGGAGGACGACGUUGCAAGAAGCCCUUCACUCUGAAAACAGAGCUCCUACACACGGCUCGUUUCUCCCUAUAACUUCUCGUGAUGUUGUCAAAAGUAGGCCUCAGCAUUCUAUUGUAUUCCAAAUGAUAGAAUUUAAAGUAAUUUGUGUUUGAUGUAUUUUGUAUUUUAAGCAGUUUUUAAGCUUGUUGUUUAUAGAUCAAACUUUGCUUUGCUAAAUUGUUUUCAGUAUUACCUCGCAGUUGGACAUUUAUUUGGAAUAAUUAUUUAUCAAAUAAUAUAUCAAAGAAUUUGUUGCCAUAAUUUCAGAGUGUGAAAUAGAUUUGUCCUAACAUGUAAGAAAAGAGACUUUUUGUUCUUGUCUGUGAAAACAUUACAUCAGCUUGAAGACACCACACCUGUCUGUUGAUGGUAACUGGUAGUAUGCCUGAUGUGUGAGGAAUGUGGGAGUACACUCUCACAAAUUGUACAAGGUGUUCUUAAGCAUUAUCUUUUUCUAGCCUGAACAGCAGCCUGAACUCAGUGAGGUAACACACACUGGAAGCAGAGCUAAAUGUGAUAACGUCUUCAUGGGAAAACACAUCCCUGGAGGCAUCCGGCCUUUACAAAAACGCCUCUGCUAGGUAUUGUUCAAUCCUGCCAAGGAGUGUUCUGAUCUAAAACGAACUAUCAGUUUAAGUUCAAAUCAUAAUCAUCGAGUACAACAGAAUAAUAAAUACUAUACUCUUUAUUUAAAUAUUGUACAGAUUUGAAAAUGUUUUUUUUUUUACAGAGCUUAGAUCUUCAUUGAACUGUACAUCCAAAAUAUAUAUAGACACAUGCUCUGGUUGUAACAAAGGGUUUGGAAGAUGAGAGACGACAGGGAAGAGUGUCAGGGCAGGUAUGAGUCAGGAAGCAGGAACCACAAAGCGAACAGUGGCAGUACCAUCUGACUGGGAGAAUUGCUUUGUAAUAUUAAGGCUGCUUAGAUUGUCCUCAGUGCUUUAACACUUAAAACUCACAUUUUGACCAUUCACUGCUCCUCUGUGCCCAUCAGCACCACUUCACAAUGACACUUUACACUGCAGUCCUCCAGUGGGAACUUGUCAGAUUAAAUAGGGAAACGGUCCAUUAGAUAGUGCAGUUUGUAAACAGUGAUCGGAAGAUCCUUAGGGAGGAUUUUCGAAGCGUGCGAUGGCUUUAUCACUAUUCCUAAGCUCCUGACUGAGUGCAGAGAAGCAGAUUUCAGCAGAGGAAAAAAAGCUUGAGCAUACUACAGGUGAAAGGAUCUUGUGUUAAGACAGCAGGGCAUGAUGGGAAAGCUGUUUUGACUCUUAUGGCUACUUAACAUUUUGAGGCUUUGUGCCCAGUACCUGGCACAUAGUUGGGGGUUUAAGGAAUUAUUUGCCAGUAUCAAUGACACCUGAUACAAGGCACAUCAUUUGAACAUUACACAAAAUAAUUUUAAGAAUUUUUUAAAACUGUGGGUAAAAGCUGUAGGUAAUGCCAAGUGCAAAUCUGCGGUGAUGUAAUGGAAACAUAAUGACCACUUCUGCAGUGACGUAUGAAUGUGCCAUUGGAGCUGUAGAGCAGUAGGGAGAGAGAAGAAAAAGGAAACGCUGAUUGUGAACAACAGUUUCUAAAGCUACUUUGAUGCGGCGAUCA